UGGAAGUAUCGAUGUAGAUGGCUCUGCCUCACUGCUCCCUUGACUAUUCACCAGCCAACAGUUGUUCCGUGAGGUGCCUUGGGGUUGUGUCUUUCUACCGGCAGAUUCCAGCGGAUGUUUAAAUGUCCAUUUCUUGAGCAGUUCCCAGACCUGUUUUUCCUAACUGUCACCCUCCUUCUGUUGGCGUAUGCUAUCUACUAUGGCCUUUUCUGUCUAACACUUUACCUCCUCUCCACCCAGAACAGGAGAGACCCAGAAGAUGUCGACGACAGAGGUCCAGCCUCGCGAGAUAAAGAUCCUCGAAACAGCAGAGGACAUUCAGAACAGGAGAGAUGAAGUGCUGUCCCGUUACACCAACUUCAAGUUCAGCUGCCGGGACCGCAGGGACCGUCUCGAGGACUCCCGCCGAUACCAGUACUUCAAGAGAGAUGCUGACGAACUGGAGAGUUGGAUCCAUGAGAAGCUGCAGACUGCCUCGGACGAGAGCUACAGGGAUCCAACUAACCUGCAGGCUAAAAUUCAGAAACAUCAGGCGUUUGAAGCCGAGGUUGCUGCACACAGCAACGCCAUUGACGUCCUGGACCAGACUGGAAACGAGAUGAUCACCCAAGGCCACUUUGCGUCCGAGAUCAUCAAGGAGCGCCUCGAUGAGCUGCACCGUCUGUGGGAGCUGCUGCUCCGCAAGCUGUCUGAGAAGGGCCUCAAGCUGCAACAGGCGCUGCGACUCGUUCAGUUCCAGAGAGAGUGCAAUGAGGUCAUGUUCUGGAUCUCUGACAAGGAAGCAUUCGUGACGUCCGAGGAGUUCGGACAAGACUUGGAACAUGUAGAGGUACUGCAGAAGAAGUUCGAUGAGUUUCAUAAGGACUUGCAAAACCACGAGGACAAAGUGACAGAGGUGAACAGCCUUGCAGACAAGCUGGUGGCAGAUGGUCACCCUGACGAGGAAACUAUCAGACUGCGACAACAGGAGGUGAAUGAGGCCUGGCAGCGCCUGAAGCAGCUCUCCCUGCUGAGACAAGAGAGACUGUUUGGAGCUCACGAGAUCCAGAGAUUCAACAGAGAUGCUGACGAGACCAUCUCAUGGAUUCAGGAGAAGGAUGCUGUGCUGUCGUCGGAUGACUUCGGACGUGACCUGGCCAGUGUGCAGACUCUCCAGCGUAAACACGAGGGAGUGGAGCGCGACCUUGCUGCUCUGGAAGAAAAGGUGACAGCUCUGGGUGCCGAGUCCAAGAGGCUGCAGGAGAUUCACCGGGAACAAGCUGGGCAGAUCAGUGGCAAACAGAACGAGAUCGAGGAGAACUGGGAUAGACUCAGGACCAAGGCAUCGGGAAGGAGGUCUCACUUGGAUGAUUCCUACUACCUUCACCGUUUCUUGGCGGACUUUCGUGACCUCGUGUCAUGGAUCCAUGACAUGCAGGCAAUCAUCGCUGCUGAUGAACUGGCCAAGGAUGUGGCCGGCGCUGAGGCCCUACUGGAGCGCCACCAGGAACACAAGGGUGAGAUUGAUGCUCGCGAGGACAGCUUCAAGUCAACAGCUGAGGCUGGGCAGAGAUUGGUUGACACCAACCAUUACGCCUCGGAUGAAGUCCAUGAAAAGCUGGACGUCCUGCGUCAUGAGAAGGACAGUCUCCUGAAUCUGUGGGAGGAGCGACGCAUUCUGUACGAGCAGUGCAUGGACCUGCAGCUGUUCAUCAGAGACACGGAGCAGGCUGAUGCCUGGAUGACCAAGCAGGAGGCUUUCCUGGCCAAUGAGGAUCUGGGAGACUCCCUCGACAGUGUGGAGGCCCUCAUCAAGAAACACGAGGAUUUCGAGAAGUCCCUUGCUGCACAGGAGGAGAAGAUCAAGGCUCUUGACGAAUUUGCAACUAAGCUGAUUGAGAGUGAACACUACGCCUCUGACGAGGUAGCUGCCAGAAGAGACCAGCUUCUCCGCCGUCGCAACAUGCUUCACGAGAGAUCUGAGCAGCGCAAGCAGAAACUGGACGAAUCUGAACAGUACCAGAUCUUUGAGAGGGACUGUGAUGAAACCAAGGGCUGGAUCAAUGAGAAACUCAAGACAGCCUCUGAUGAAAGUUAUUUGGACCCUACCAACCUGAACACCAAGCUGCAGAAACACACCAACUUUGAGGCCGAGCUUGACGCCAACAAGAACCGUAUUGUAACGAUCAAACAGACAGGACAGGAUCUCAUCGACAACAACAACUUCCAGUCACCGGCCAUCAAGGAUCGGCUGGAUGAAAUUGACGACCUUUGGGCUACUCUGCUUUCACAGACAGAAAAGAAAGGCAACAAGCUGAAGGAAGCUGCCCAGCAGCAGCAGUUCAAUCGGAACAUCGAGGAUGUCGAGUCCUGGCUCGUUGAUAUCGAGGGUCAGAUUGGUUCUGAAGACUACGGCAAGCUGACUCAGAGACAAGAUCUCACUCAAGUGAAGAACCUUCAGAAGAAACAUGCUCUGCUGGAGGCCGACGUCGGGGCUCAUCAGGACCGUAUUGAUGGACUCAAGGUUCAGGCUGCACAGUUCCAGAACACUGGCCACUUUGAUAGCGACACCAUCCAGGCUAAACAGUCCACGGUGCUGCAGCGCUACCAGAAACUCACGCAACCAAUGACUGGGCGGCGUCAGAAGCUGGACCAGGCUAUCAGCCUCCAGCAGUUCCUUCGAGACAUUGAGGACGAGGAAGACUGGAUCCGGGAGAAAGAGCCAAUUGCAUCCUCCACCAACAGAGGACGCGACCUGAUUGGCGUCCAGAAUCUGAUGAAGAAGCACCAGGCCCUCCAGGCAGAGCUGGCUGGACACGAGCCACGCAUCGGCAACGUCUGCGACGUGGGCAAGGACAUGGUAAAAGAAGGACACUUCGCUGAAGAAACGAUCAACCAGAAGAUUGGCGAGUUGCAGGACAAAUGGCAGACACUCAAGGACAAGGCCACCCAGCGCAAGCAGGACCUUGAGGACUCCCUCCAGGCUCAGCAGUACUUUGCCGACGCCAACGAGGCUGAGUCGUGGAUGAGGGAGAAGGAACCCCUGGCUGCCAACACCGACUAUGGCCGCGAUGAGGACUCUGCCGAGGCUUUGAUAAAGAAACACGAAGCCUUCAUGUCAGAUCUGGAGGCCUACCGCAGCGUCAUUGAGGGCCUUCGUGAACAGGCUCAGUCAUGCAAGCAACAAGAAGCUCCAGUCAUCGAUGACUUCGGAACAGAGAAGGUGGUCGCCCUGUAUGACUACACGGAGAAGUCACCCCGGGAAGUUUCAAUGAAGAAGGGAGAUCAGCUCACCCUGCUCAACAGCUCCAACAAGGACUGGUGGAAGGUGGAGGUGAAUGACCGCCAGGGCUUUGUCCCCGCUGCCUAUGUGAAGAAGCUGGAUCCCAGUCUGUCGGCAAGCCGCAACAACCUCAUGGACGAGUUCACCAUCUCCGUCAGACAGAACCAGAUCGAGACACAAUAUGCCAACCUGCUGGACUUGGCCCGUCAGCGCCACGAGAAGCUUGGGGAGUCUGUGAAGGCAUACCAGCUGGUGCGAGAGGCGGCCGAACUGGCGUCAUGGAUCACGGAGAAGGAGAACCUGAUGGUUGGAGAGGAGGUCGGCGAGGACUUGGAGCAGGUUGAGGAGAUGCAGAAGAAGUUUGAUGACUUCCAGAAGGACUUGAAAGCCAAUGAGGUGCGUCUCCAGGAACUCAACUCCAUCGCAGACAGAUUGACAGCCAUGGGACAGACCGAGGCUGCCGAGAAGAUCCGUGAACAGAUCACGCAACUGAACCAGAGAUGGGUGACCCUCCAGCAGGUGACAGCAGAGCGGGCGGAGACCCUGGGCAGCGCCUUCGAGGUGCAGAGAUACCACAGAGAGGUGAUUGAGACAAAGGACUGGAUCGCUGAGAAGGACAACACCCUGAAUAAUGACAACUACGGCCACGACCUGGCCAGUGUGCAGGCCCUCCAGAGGAAGCAUGAGGGUCUACAGAGAGACUUGGCUGCACUCGGAGAGAAGGUGCGCAGUCUGGAUGAGAACUCCCAGCGUCUGAUGCAGUCUCAUCCAGAGCAGGCAGAAACCAUCUACGAACACCAGACCCAGAUCAACGAAGAGUGGAACGCCCUCACAUCAAAGGCCGAUGCCCGCAAGGCCAAGCUGUUGGAUGCAUAUGACCUUCAGAGAUUCCUCAGUGACUACAGGGAUCUCACAACCUGGAUCAACAGUAUGAUGGCUCUGGUCUCCUCCGACGAGUUGGCCAAGGAUGUCACUGGAGCUGAAGCCCUGCUCGAAAGACACCAGAUGUUCAGUUCUGAGAUCGUUAGCCAUUACGGCAUCACAUCAUUGCCCGACGAAGAAGAAGAGGAAGAGGAACACCGGACUGAGAUUGAUGCACGUGCCGGGACGUUCCAGGCGUUCGAGCAGCUGGGACAGCAGCUUUUGCAAAAUCAGCACUACGCCAGUGAAGAUGUUCAACAGAAGCUGGAGGAACUUGCCCGUGCUCGGGAGGAGUUGGAACAAGCCUGGAUCUCCCGUCGCAUGAAGCUGGACCAAUGCCUGGAGCUGCAGCUGUUCUACCGGGAUUGCGAGCAGGCCGAGUCCUGGAUGGCUUCCCGCGAAGCCUUCCUGGCCGGAGACCAGGUGGACGGUGACAACGUGGAGAGUCUCAUCAAGAAGCACGAGGACUUCGACCGUGCGAUCAACUCUCAGGAGGAGAAGAUCAACUCCCUCCAGCAGUUUGCUGACCAGCUGAUCACUGCUGACCACUACGACGGCCCUGCUGUAUCCGAGAAGAGAGACCAAGUGCUAGACAGAUGGUCUCAGCUGAAGGAAGCUCUGAUAGACAACCGGUCUAAGCUGGGAGAGGCUCAGACUCUCCAGCAGUUUUCACGCGAUGCUGACGAGAUGGAGAACUGGCUCCAGGAGAAGCUGCAGAUUGCCAUGGACGAGUCCUACAAGGAUCCCACCAACAUCCAGAGUAAGCACCAGAAACACCAGGCUUUUGAAGCUGAACUUGCGGCUAAUGCUGAUCGUCUGCAGGGUCUCAUUGGAACUGGACAGAACCUGAUUGACCGCCACCAGUGUGCUGGGUCGGACGACGCUGUCCAAGCGCGACUGGAGUCCCUGGCUUCCCAAUGGGAGGACCUCGUCGCCAAGUCAGCAGAGAAGAGUGACAAGCUGAAGGAGGCCAAUCGCCAGCAGACGUUCAAUGCAGGAGUCAAGGACAUGGAGUUCUGGCUUGGAGAGGUGGAGCAGAUGUUGGCGUCAGAGGAUUACGGCAAAGACCUGGCGUCGGUUCAGAACCUGCUGAAGAAGCAGCAGCUGCUUGAAGCUGACAUCACAGCUCAUGAGACUCCAGAAGAACCGACGCUGCUGAAACCAGUGAUGGCCCAGCGCCUGGAGGCGCCCUUGUUACAUGAUCGCAUCACGGACUUGAACAGUCAGGCUGAUCAGUUCAUCGAGGCGGGUGUUUGGGAUGCGGAGAGUCUUCAGGACAGGAAGAAGACCAUCAAUGAGAGAUACGAGAAGAUCAAGGAGUUCUCCAUCCACCGCCGAGGCCGUCUGAAUGAGGCAAACACCAUGCACCAGUUCCUCAGGGACAUCGAUGACGAGGAGGCUUGGAUCAAAGAGAAGAAGUUGUUGGUUGGGUCUGAGGACUAUGGGAAGGACUUGACCUCCGUGCAGAACCUGAGGAAGAAGCACAAGCGUCUUGAAGCUGAGCUGGCCAGCCAUGAGCCCAGUAUUCAGGGAGUCCAGGAGGUGGGGGAGAAGCUGAUUGCCGAGUCCGACAUUGGGGCGUCCGACAUCCGGGCACGUUUGGACCAACUGGCUGAGAGCUGGGAGGAGCUGAAGAGUAUGUCUGCCAACAGGGGACUCAAGCUGGACCAGUCCUAUGCCUACCAGCAGUUCUCCGCUAACGUUGAGGAAGAGGAGGCUUGGAUAUCCGAGAAACAGCAUCUGCUGUCUGGGGGAGACUUCGGGGACACCAUGGCUGCGGUGCAGGGUCUGAUGAAGAAACACGAGGCCUUUGAGACUGACUGCAAGGUUCACCAGGACCGAUGCCAGGAGAUCAAGAAUGAAGGACAGAAACUCAUUGAAGAGGGUAACCACAAUGCUGAAAACAUUGCCCAGCGCAGUGAGGGUCUUGAGCAGAAGAUGAAGUCUCUUGAAGAUGCUGCUGCUCAUCGCCGUGCCAACCUCAUCGACAACUCAGCCUUCCUACAGUUCAUCUGGAAGACGGAUGUUGUAGAGAGCUGGAUUGCUGACAAGGAGACCCAGGUUAGAUCUGAGGACUAUGGGCGUGAUCUGUCGUCUGUCCAGACCCUUCUCACAAAGCAGGAAACUUUCGAUGCCGGCCUGCAAGCAUUUGAGAAGGAAGGAAUCCAGACCAUCACAGCUUUGAAGGACCAGUUGAUCUCCGCAAAACAUGCCCAGACACCAGCUAUUGAGAAACGCUACAAUGACGUCAUUGCCAGAUGGCAGAAGCUACUGGCGGACUCGGAUGCCCGUAAGCAACGCCUUCUCCAUCUCCAGGACCAGUAUCGCCAGAUUGAGGAUCUGUACCUGACUUUCGCCAAGAAGGCCUCGGCAUUCAACAGCUGGUUCGAAAAUGCUGAGGAGGAUCUCACUGAUCCUGUUAGAUGCAACUCAGUCGAGGAAAUCAGAGCACUUCGAGAGGCUCAUGACCAAUUCAAGUCCUCACUGAGUGCUGCCCAGGCCGACUUCAAUGCUCUGGCAGCCCUGGACAAACAGAUCAAGAGCUUCAACGUGGGGCCCAACCCCUACACCUGGUUCACCAUGGAGGCCCUUGAUGACACGUGGAAGAACCUACAGAAGAUCAUCAAGGAGAGAGACAGUGAGCUGGCUCGGGAGGAACAGAGACAGGAGGAGAACGAUCAGCUCCGCAAACAGUUUGCUGCCGCUGCCAACACCUUCCACUCCUGGCUCACGGAGACAAGACUGUGGCUUCUCGAUGGAGCUGCCAUGAUGGAGGGGUCUGGGACACUGGAAGAACAGCUGGAAGCCACCAAGCGCAAGGCACAGGAUGUGCGGGCACAGAAGGGUCAGCUGAAGAAGAUUGAGGACCUGGGUGCAGCCAUGGAGGAGAGGCUUAUUCUGGACAACAGGUACACGGAGCACAGCACAGUGGGCCUGGCUCAGCAGUGGGAUCAGCUGGAUCAGCUGUGUAUGAGGAUGCAGCACAACCUGGAGCAGCAGAUCGAGGCCAGAAACCGCAGUGGAGUGUCGGAAGAUGCCCUGAGAGAAUUCAGCAUGAUGUUCAAACAUUUCGACAAGGAUAAGAGCGGCAAACUGGACCACCAGGAGUUCAAGUCGUGUCUUCGAGCUCUGGGCUACGAUCUGCCCAUGGUGGAGGAAGGACAGAUAGAUCCGGAGUUCCAGGCUAUUCUGGAUAUCGUGGAUCCAAACAGGGAUGGUCAGGUGUCCUUACAAGAGUACAUGGCGUUCAUGAUCAGUCGCGAGACAGAAAACGUCCAGUCCAGCUCGGAGGUGGAACAAGCUUUCCGAGCUCUUACCUCAGGCGAAAAGCCUUAUAUCACUGCACAGGAACUUUAUGCCAACCUUACAAAGGAACAGGCAGAUUACUGUGUGGCCCGCAUGAAGCCUUAUGUCGACAAGACGGGCAGAACAAUACCCGAUACUUACGACUACGCCGAUUUCACUCGUCAAUUAUUCGUCAAUUAAUAUUGAUGUGGAUUUCUUGACACUGCCAAGAUCUGCUAUCUUAUCCUAGUAUCGCUUAAUGUACGUAGAUACGGACACUGUUAAGACAUGAAUGGAGGCGAAGGUUUUUAUGAAAUGGCUCGAAAGAGGUGGUUGUGAAUGUUUUAGGUGCAAUGGUAGACAUUUCAGUUUUGUUUCCAGUUUUACAUGUCUUGUUGAUUCAUGGAUUUUACAUGUUACACAUUUGUUCAAUUCAUAUUUAAUCGAUGUACCAUUUUACUGUACCACAACAGAUUGCUAUUACCAUGGCAGUAACUGUAGUGUUGAUGGACGAGUCCUGUCCUCCCUUGUGUCAGUGGCCAUUACGUGUACGAGCUUUAUUAACAGAGCUGGUAUGGCAAGAUUUCUUCUUCAAUAAAUGCUUAUUCCCUUA